AUGAACUCGUCGGCGCCCAGUCCGGGGCCCUCAUCCCGGUUGUACCGGAGUAUCAACUCGCGCGACGACCUUUCCCAGCAACGCUACGUGCUUCGUCCGCCCGACGACAUUCACCCGCUAGUGGAUCCGGCGCGGAUCGGCGAUUCCGUCUACCCAGACUUCUACCCAUGGAAGCGGUCGACCGACGAAGAAGAUGCUCGCAUGGUCGACAACCUGCAAAAGGGCUACGCAGAGCCGCCGUCGGUCCCGCACGAGUCGCAGAGCGCCAAAAAGAGCAUAGCGUCACUCCUCCGCAUCAAAUCCAACAUGACAGCGCUGAGCUGCUUCAUCAUCACGGCCAUGCACAUCAGAGUCGACACGUGCCGAAUCACAACCCCAGGCACCUUCAAACCGCCACCCAGAGUCACGCUUACAGACCACAAACGCGAGGCAUGGCUCAAAGACCUAGCAAACCCGGCAGUUCCGCUCAGAAAGCUGUCCCGUACCAUCCCACAUGGAAUCAGAAACAAGGUCCUGCUGGACCAGUGCUGCGCCAAGCGAAUCGCUCCGUCAAGAGCAGUGUGGUUCGCCCGCUGCGUCGGCGCAAACGAACUGCGUGGUCUCAAACGAAAAGGUCACCACCAGAUGGGCAACAUGAGCGAGGCCAUCUGGCUUCAGGAAUGGACCGAGUGCGUGGUGGACGUGCUGCAACGGUCGUCGGUAGCGUUUCUCAGGGCCGAAGGCGAACCCCAGGCCCGACAGACUGCCAAACAAAAUUUUGCAUACAUGGUCCGUCUGGCCAUGCAACUCUACUAUGAAGACAUCGUCGAUUAA